GAGUUGCAUAUGGCACCUGUCAACCCUAUCAACCUGUCACUUCAUUCACUUUGCAUAAACAGCUGAUGUGCAGCUGAUUUUUUUCGUGUUAGUCAUAAUUUAAGAGGCAAGAAAACCACCACACAUGGAUAAUUAUCUCUGACUUUAUUUAACAUGUACAGUAAGUUUAAAUUGGGAUCGAUGACUUGGCGGCACACAUAACCUGACAAUGGCUCAGUGCAAACAAACUUCACAGGAAUUCAUAAAAAACGCCUUCACUCCGCAAAUUGCCGUGUUGUGUACCCCUCUUGCAGAGAAAUGCUGCCAAAAAAACAACCUCACCUUCAUAGAGUUGCUUCAGCCUUUUUCAAAAUUGAGCAACGAUGUUCAUUAUAAAGACCCGACGGGUGCAGUUAUCAUGAUACGGAAUCUCAAACUGACUUUCCUAAAUGUAAAUUCGCGCCCGCCUCAAACCACUUUGGCCAGGAAGUUUUUAAACACUUCUGUAAGUGAGUUGUCAGAUUUCAGGAGCGAGAAUUUUACAACUAAUGAUCAUUUAUUAAACAUUACUUUAUCGACGCCGUGGUUUGAAGCGUGGAGAGAUACGUUUCUGAGGGUCCAAUACCCGUCAGAUCAUGAAUACACCAAGCAUUUUUUAUCAUGUGUUUUGGUGGUUUCGUCGGGUGAAAUUAACGUGGUGGAGAGUCUUAUUCAGCUAGCGCAAAGCCUAAACCAAAUGCAAAAUAGCGCCCCCGGAAAGUUACCCAAAUGGUUUAGCUCAAACAUUUUAAAGUACUAUGUGAUUAUCCAUGACAAUGUUGAAGGAAAUAUAGAAAGAGCGAGUGAAGCUUAUGAAUCAAUUAAAAGUUCCUACGGAGAAGCUAACUGCUUUCUUUUGAGAAUGAACUCGCGGCCUCCGGGAGCAGGAAACAGCGAACAUUUACCAGAUCCGUGGAGCCAAUUUAUUCACAAUAAUAUAGAAUCAAGAGAUUAUAAACCAACACCAGAAAGUUCGCCAUACACAACACGGGCGGUUUUUGACUCCACCCAGGAUAAUGACACAAAAACGAACCUUAAUUAUCACCCAUUGAGCCCUGAUACUGAAGAACUGAUAAUGAAUUCUUCAAGUAACGAUAAGGACAGAUUUAUCGUAAACAACGUAAAAUUAAAAGUGCACGGUCUUUGUUUAUCCACUGAAGACGUAGAACAAGUGAAAUUAUUUUUGCAUGAAUUUUGUAAAACCUGUUUGUUGCCUUACAUUGAAAAACAAAUUCAACAACUGAGUGACGUUAUAUCAAACAAAAAGGGUGUUAGUAGGUCUUUGUUUAGCGCGACUAAAAGAUGGUUCAAUCCUAACAAACCUGGGGCUAGUUCUGUCGCUGUGAAUAACUUAAUAUAUGCUCCAGACUCACCAGAAUUACAAGUACGACGAUUAGGUGAUCUAUAUUUCAUGUUCGGCCACUUUACUCUAGCGUUUCAAGCAUAUCAUUUGGCAAAACGGGACUAUAACACAGACCAAGCUUGGCUUUACUACGCAGGCGCACUAGAAAUGGCAGCACUCUCAGCUUUUAUGGCAAACGAAUCAAACAGAAAGACAUACGACUAUAUGGAAGAAAGCAUAACGACUUACUUAAACACGUGCAAGAUGCCCCAGUUUGCCACCAGAGCGACUCUCCUCAGUUCUGAGUGUCUGAAAAGUCGCGGUUUAUACGGCGAAGCCGCCCACCAACUUAUUAGAAUGACAAGCGAAGAAUCAGACUUACGGUCCGCGCUAUUUUUAGAACAAGCAGCUUAUUGUUUUUUGCACUCAAAAAUGGUAAGAAAAUACGCGUUUCACAUGGUAUUAGCGGGUCACAGAUUUUCUAAAGCUGCUCAACGAAAACAUUCGUUACGAAGUUACAAACAAGCGCAUCAGGUUUAUGAGAACAGCGGCUGGGAUUUGGCUGAGGACCAUAUACAUUACACUAUUGGAAGGCAGGCUCAUAACCUACACUCGUUUGAUGAAGCGGUUAAAUCUUUCGCGAAGCUACUUAACGGGGAUAGUAAACAGUCGGGUCAGCAGCAGAGUGUGUUUUUGAAGGAGUAUAUAACGAUAUUGGGGAAUAAGUUGAAGAAAGAAGAAGAAAAAGACAUUCCGAUUUUGGCGCUACCUGACUUAGAUAACGAUUCGUUGAAGUUGUUGAUGGAACCGACACCUCCGUUGAGUACCCCGGGUAAAGUGUCUGCAGUAGGAGUAAAUUUCGUGGACCCGGAUAACGCCGAGGCUGUGACUAGGUGGAAUAAACUAGAAGAAUUAUUAGUACAAGAAGCUUAUGGGUCACUUCCGCUUACUUUUAAACCAAUGAUAACACUAUACAGUGUUACUAAUUUAACAAAAAAUAGUCCGACUGCUAUUGUCAAUGAACCGAUUCAAGUCUGCAUACAACUUAAUAAUACUUUACAAAUCGUAUUACAAAUGAAAGACAUUUACUUACUUUGGUAUUUUGAAAGUGAUGACGUUUCCGUGUCGAACGAAGAUCCAGAAACUGAGGUUAAGGAUUAUGUAAAAACACACGUAACGAAGUCACUUUCAAUCCAACAAAGUUGUAAUCAAAAUGUCGUACUUUCGCUAACUCCUCUUGUAACUGGGGUGAUCACGCUAAAAGGGAUUUGUUAUACCUUAGCCACAGAUAAUAUCUCUAUUCAAGGAAAACAACUGUUUAAUAUCAAGUCGGAAUUAAAAAAUAGUAUGAAAAAUGGCACCCUUGAUAGUAAAAGUGUAGAAAUUAAAGUAGUACCACUGGCGCCGUGUCUCCAGGUUACUUUCUCAGAAUUUAAUUCCGAAUUUUUAUGUGAUGAAGUACAAAGAGUGGUGAUCGAUUUUCAAAAUACCGGUACUCUUCCUUUACAUAAAGUGUACAUGGCGACCUCUGCUCCUCAAUUUUUGUGUAACUGUGAAUCCAAAUUUAAAGAACAGUCUGAAAUUUCUCUAACCAAUUGUACGCCUGCAAUGAAAGAAAAACUGAUUAGAGAGAAUCACAUCACGUCGGUACCACUUCCAAACGACCGACUCGAUCCAGGUCAAAGUACAACCCUUUCCAUUUUCAUUAAAGCGCCUAAUAAACCAGGACCGUGUCUCAUCGACUUACUUAUUUAUUACGAAAACGUGAACACCGGAGUAGUACCUAGAUAUCGCCUUGUCAGACACAAAUGGACUUUAUCAGUCCAAGAAUCCAUAAAAGUCGAAGCCACCGUGCAAGAGAGUUUCAGCUGUAAACAAGUCGAAGAAGUCGCUCUAGUCCUCAAAACUUCAAACCUAAACAAAUUCUACAACUCCGUUUUAACCGAAAUCAGUCUCCUUAACGUCGGAAUGCUCAGCAAAUUUUGGACCUUCACCGAAAACAUCGUCACCCCAAAAUACAUCAACUUACACUCUCAGGAAUCGGCACACAUUCUACUAAAAGCGAAACGAACCAACCAAAAGAAAAGUACCUACUCUAACAUAUACUUAAAUCAUGAGAGAAGUACCCGACAGUCGCUUCAUUCCGCCUACCUCGCCUUCGCGAAAAAACACGAGCAUUCCCCGCUGAAUUUGUUCGACGAGGGUGACCCUAAAGGCGACGAAAACGCAGACGGAGCGGUUUUUGUGCAAUGGCAAGCCCUAGUCAACGACCCGCAAAAAAGGGUGGUCGACGGUCAAACCCAAAUAUCUUUCACGGUUCACAAAACUAACGAAACUCCAAUAGACGUCGACGAGUUUGCAGCUUUGAGCGACCCCGCAACGUUGUUAGAAGUCAGCUUAAAUAAAGACAAACGGAGCGAAAGUCAGACCGGUCAUGAAACCAAAGUCACGUGUACGCUUAUUUAUCCGGCGGUAGUCGAGCACAAUUUCCGCAAGGAGAAGUUCUGCAUCGUGCCUGUGAAGUUGCUACUACAUAACAUAGAGAAUUCUGCAGAUUUGAACGUUAUUAUCAACACUUUGGGAAGUACGAGCGGACUUCCUCUCUCUCACUCUGAUCUAUUCUAUCCAUAUGCUUCCAAAAAUUUUUCUUGGCUGGGGACUGGAAGUGCAGUUAGAGAAUUGAAACCUUUGUCUACAGAACCGGUGAAUCUUUCGGCGGUUGUUUCAAAGCCGGGCACUUUUGAUUUAGGUGCUCGUAUCGAAAUUUUCUGUAUGUCAGACCAAAUGGAGGCUCCUGUACGACAAACCUGCCACAUUCAAUCAGCAUUAAUUGUUGUUGACGGAGAUAGUUAAAAUUGUUUAUUUUACACCUUUUUUAAGUUUUAUUUAUAUUAUUGAUCUUAGAAAUUUUGUUAAUAUGUUAAUCUGUAUAUUUUGUCAGCGAGAUCGAACUUUAUACUUUAUUUGUUAUUCACUUAGAAUAUCCGUUUUGGGUACUAUUGUAUAUUGUUUUUAUUUGUAAGUAUCAAUUAUAUUUCCCCAUCAUGUAUUAAAGAGAAAAAUUAAUUAAAAAUUUAUUACGA